AUGAUGUUUGGGCUAGCCAAGCGGAAGCUUGAAUCUACGCAUCUGUGGAGAAUAGCCAAGCGGAUGCCCAAGGGGACAUUGUUGCAUUGCCAUUUGGGCGCCAUGGUAGAGGUAGACUGGCUGUUUGAACGGAUUCUUGCCGUCGAGGGGAUGCAUGUAUGUUCCUCCGAGGCGUUGGAUACAGAGGCUGCCAGGGUCAGGGCAGUCGUGCUGUUCAAAUAUAUCACUCCCAAGCCAGGUUCGAGCCACGUCUCUAUUUGGUCGUCCGAAUACCAGCCAGAUACAUACGUACCUGCCGCCGAAGCAGCUGAUGCAUUCCCGUCAACUGGCCGGCAGGGAUUCGUGAGCUGGCUUUAUGACCGAAGUGUAAUAAGCGAACUGAUGUAUUUGGCUCACCGUUUGCCAGGGAGGGGCAGGACGUGCCGGAUACAGGGUUCAAUUACCGUGUUGCCGUGA